AUGGACGUGGCCUUCAAGAAGAUGAAGAACAAAGCCCCCUCAAGAUUGGGGGCUUCUCCGGACCCAAGCCAGUCACUCCUCCAAGAACUAUUCAACACCACCCUCCAAUGUCCCUUCUUGCCACCACAGUGGAUGGAGUCAGACAUCAUCUUUAGCCUCAAGAAGGGGCCUAGGGACAUCCCAGACAGCCAUCGGACCAUCACCCUGGAGAGCACCUUCUUGAAGAUUUUCGAGUUUGCCGAUAACGUGGAGGAUGAAUGUCACGAUUAUAACUCCUUGGGCCAGAUUGAGUGUCUUCGAGCAGUUAAUUCCAAGUUAUUAACUCAUUUGACCAACGAAUGCAUCGCUUACCCCUUGGAAUAUCUAUCCCGAAAUUGGCGCAACACCACGUGUUCUAAUUCCUCGGAGGCCGUGGCCACAUUUUUGCCGUUACAAGAUGGGAUUGCAGCAGCCGUGACUGCGGCUUUAGCCGAACGAGGCCCACGAGAUGAUUAUCUCCCCAGCAGUAUUAGUGCGGUUGCUCCGAAGCUUCCAACUUUCGAUCCAGAGGAUUCGGAUUUGUGGUUCGCCACCAUCGAAGAAGAGUUCAAGAUUAAAGGCGUAACGAUCAAUUCGACCAAGUACUCUCACGCUGUUGCCGCGAUGGAUGCUUCUUCACGUCGACUGAUUGGGGAUAUCAUGACUAUGUCGUGUUCUUCCUCUGUGGACAAGUACCAACUUCUCAAAGAUCGUCUCACAGAAGCUUAUGGAACCUCUGUCAUUCAACGCAUUCAGCGAAUCCUGGAUUUGCCUUCUUUGGAUCCAUCUGAAAGACCUUCCUUGUGGUUAGCCAGGAUCAGAUCGAUUGCUGGAUCGGGUAUAAGUUUGGAUGGUGAUUGGCCUUUUGUCAUCCUUCUGCGCAAGCUUCCCCCUCAGGUACUGGAAAUUAUAUCCCUGAGGCACUACACCUCAAUUGGUCUCGUGAUAUCGGCGGCCGAUGAUCUUUGGCUAUCCAACCAAACCCGCUCUUUCCAAGUUGCAGCAAUCCGUCUUGGCGAUAAGCCUCACAUUGACGGUGUGUGCCCUUACCAUCAGGAACAUGGAUUCCGAGCAUGGUCGUGCAUAUCACCUUGCAAGUUGAGCAAACAUGUCAAAAAGGGCAACAAAGAGACGGACUCUGUUGCCCCUAGUAGGGCAACUCAGCACAACCGAGGUCGGGCUGACAAUACUUCCGGCCGGAGAUAUUUAGUGGAUUCGGGUGCUGAGGUUUCAGUGAUUCCACCCACCAAAGCAGAACGGAGCAAGCCCCUCACUCGACCUCUCACAGCCGCGAAUAAAACGACAAUUUCCACUUGGGGUUACCGCACGAUUCCCCUUGCAUUGGGUCCUCGGACUCGCACGUGGAGGUUUAUUGUGGCUGACGUUAGCACUCCGAUCAUUGGCAAUGACUUUUUGCGCUCUUUUGGCUACUUGUUAGACGUUCGUGGACAGAGGCUCGUCGAUCCGGAUUGUCCAAAUACAUCUGUUCCCCUGUUAUCAUUAGGUCAAACUUCCUCGCCAUCGUUAGGCUUGGAGUGUUUCAUUGUCUCCAACGACCCGUAUCAGCGUCUAUUAGGGGAAUAUCCCACCCUUUCCACACCCACAUUUAACUCGUCUUGCGUGAGCCACGGAGUAACCCACUUCAUUGAGACAACAGGACCACUUCCUCGAGCAAAACCUCGUCGUCUAGACCCUAAUCGUUUAUUAGCGGCCAAGUCUGCUAUGGACGAAAAUGUAAAAUUAGGGAUUGCCCAACGUUCCAAGUCUUCCGUGGCGAGCCCAAUUGUGAUGGUACCAAAACCAAAUAAAACGUGGAGAAUAUGCGGAGAUUACGUUGCUUUGAACUCAGUUACCAAACCAGACAAGUAUCCCAUUCCUCACAUUCUGGAUUUCACACAAGGCCUCUAUGGUAAAAACAUAUUCAGCAAGAUUGAUCUCAUGAAGGGCUACAAUCAAAUUCCCGUGGAAAAGUCUGACGUGUUCAAAACUGCCGUAAUUACCCCGUUCGGACUUUUUGAGUAUACUCGCAUGCCAUUUGGCUUGCGCAAUGCAGGCAAUACAUUUCAAAGAAUGAUGGAUGCAAUUUUGGGAGAUUUACCCUACGUAUUCUGCUAUUUGGACGAUCUUCUCAUCUCUAGCACAACCUCUUAUGAGCAUCAAAUUCACCUCAGGGAAGUUUUCAAGCGACUCUCAGAUCAUGGUCUCGUAAUCAGCCCGGAUAAGUGUGAAUUCGGAAAGCCUUCUCUCACGUUCCUUGGUCAUCUCGUUAAUGGUAGUGGCGCUUCUCCACUGCCUUCAAAGGUUGCGGCCAUCCGCGAUUUUCCCAAGCCAUCAACUGUUCGAUCCCUUCAAGAAUUUAUUGGGAUGAUCAACUUUUACCGACGGUUCUUACCUCGUGUCGCAAAAAUUCUUCAACCACUAUAUCGGAUUUUGUCUGAUACCGGAAAAGCCGCUUGUAAAGCCAGCAAGGCACCUCUUAAUUGGAAUCCACAGUCGAUGGAAGCUUUUACGGCUGCUAAGAACGCUCUGGCUGACGCCACGCUCCUGGUGCAUCAAGAUCCCAAUGCGGAACUGGCUUUGACAACUGAUACCUCCAACUUUGCUGUUGGAGCUGUUUUAGAGCAACGCUCAGGCCCCCCUUCUUCCAAAUGGCAGCCACUAGCAUAUUUCAGCAAGAAACUAAGGGAUCCUGAACUAAAUUAUAGUGCUUACGACCGCGAACUUCUUGCUAUAAAGCUCGCCGUUCGUCAUUUUCGUUGGCAAUUGGAGGCCCGCUCGUUUACAGUUUUCACUGACCAUUUACCUCUCACCUUUGCCCUUGACCGAAAGUCUCCACCUUGGACUCUGAGACAACAAAGAACCCUUUCUGAGCUAAGCACGUACUCAUUAGUCAUUCGACAUAUAGCCGGAAAAUCCAACCUUGUGGCCGACGCCUUAUCCCGUGCUCCUUUGGAGCUUGAGGGUGAUACAAACACAUUGGGAAUUCUUGCUGUUCGAGACUCCAUUGAUUUUUAUGGUCUUGCUCAAGCUCAAAAGGCCUCGUCCAUGGGUGCCAGCUCAGUUUCGUCGCAAAGUCUUCGACUCCAUUCACGGGCUUAG